AUGUUUCCAGUGCCUACGUCAUCUUCUAGUGAAUCGUUUUGUUCAAAUGAUAUUCUUUCGUGGAAAUUUCCUAAAACUCUUGGUUGUUACACAUUAAUCGGUCGUUCAAGAGCAGACGAUGCAACAAGUUUAUUCAUUCCUGAACUCGAUAUAUUAUUCGACUGCGGUUGUUCAGUUACAGCUACUCGUCCUCUCCACAUUUUUAUUACACAUACUCACUUGGAUCAUUGUCUUGAUAUUACUAGAUUAUGGAGUAAAAUUCGAAUACCGCAAGUUUAUAUUCCUAUAUCCGCAGUUCACCCCAUGAAAGACUAUAUUCGGAAAUGUCAAGUUCUUACGAUGGUUAAAGAAAUUGAUCCAGAUCCAGCCCAAUGGAUACCUAGCCAUGAGUUGAUAGGUGUUAAACCUGACGAUUUAUUAGACUUUCGAAAAACAAUGAAAAUUCGUGUAUUUGAAAUGGAUUAUUCAGUGCCUUGUUGUGGAUAUGGAUUUUAUGAACGUCGACAAAAAUUGAAAAAAGAAUACGAGCAUUUAUCCAGUAAAGAUAUUGGAAUGAUGAAACGAGAAAAUAAAAAUCUCGAACUUAGUGAAGAACGAAUAGCUCCAUUAUUUGUUUUUAUGGGCGAUACGACAGUAUCGAUAUUCAGCAGAUAUGAAAAUGAACUUUUUCAGUUUCCAUUAAUUAUUGUCGAAUGUUCCUAUAUCAAUAGUGAACUUCAUAGAGAACCAGCUUCGAAAGGCAAACAUAUAAUUUGGGAUGACCUUCAACCUUUCGUAAUCAAAUAUCCAAACGUUAUUUUUGUACUAAUUCAUUUUUCACAUCAAUACAAAAGCACAGAAAUACGAGAUUUUUUUCAAAAGUUAAAUCUACCUAAUGUUGUACCAUUUAUUUAA